AUGGUGAAGGAGAUGAAUUCUAAAGAACUGGAGAAGAAGGUCUGCAACGGGUCUUUGUCUUUCCUGGAGGAGAAGACCAAGAGAGUUAUGUACAAAGAGUGCAGGAAAAACCAUGCUGCUAAUAUUGGUAGAUAUGCUGUGGAUGGUUGUCACGAAUUUAUGCCCGCCGGGGAAGAAGGAACAAGUGCGUCUUUCCAAUGUGCUGCUUGCACUUGCCACCGGAAUUUCCACAGGAAGGAGGUUGAGAAUGAGUACUACUCAUCUUCAAAGGGAUCAGUGGAUGUUAAAUGGAAUAAAAGAGGUGAUAGUGGUGCCAAUGGUAAUGGUGACAAAAAACUUCGAUCAGAGGAUGAAUAUGCCUCGAAAAGCAAUGAGAUCAAAAGGGAAGUCACUGACCGAAAUUUGAUGCCACAACACAUGGAUCAUGGUGAUAAAAUUGUGGGAAAUAAUAUGCUUGAAAAGAAAAGGAAAAAGAGAAAAAGGAAGCAAGCUGAAGACCUUCGGAUUGAAACGGUGGAGGGAUUACGUGGUUCAAAAAGAAGGGAGCAUAAGAAACAGCGUUUGGAAGCAAUGAAAAAGAAACACAAAAAAGUCGACGCAAGAGAGGAUUUGAACUUUCCUGGACGUGAUCUGAUCAAAUUUGGAGAGGUAGUUGAAGCCCCACCCAAGUUGCUCUCAUUUCCAAAGGUAGUGUCUCGCCUGUUUAUGGUUACUUUGAUUAGAUUACGCACAAAUACACAUUUUAGUGUUAGCUACUUUGGGGGUGGCACAGGCAUGCCCAAGCUCACUGCUAACAGGCAUCCAAAGCUACCCAUGACGCGUCACAAGAGAGGCUCCGUUCCGUUUACAGGCAGUCGAGAACUACAGGAAGCAGAAAGGAUGGACGUCAAGGCCGGGGAUCCACCUUCCUCCACCCGUGAUUACAUCACCUUCACUAUAGUUCCCGUCAUUGUAAUAAUGCAAGGAUGUUAG